AUGGCCAACACUCCCGACAAUAACGCACAAAGCCGUUCCCCUUCCCCUUCACAACAAACCCCUGUCCCGAGGCCAAGGUCUCUUCCCCGCCAGUGGCCCCCUCCCCUUAUGGGCAUCCCGGGGCUCUCCGCCUUCACCCCCUACCAGCGCCCUCAGACACCCCCACCCCCUUCCCCUUCCCCUCCUCAGCCACUGCCACCACCACCUUCCCCCUCCCCGCCUCGUGCUCCGACACCCCCACCGCCAUCUCCCACCGAACCACACUCCGGAGGGGUCCACACGGCCAUAGCCAUUGUCAGUGGGGGCGGCGUGUCUUCUGGAGGGGCGAGGAUCAGGGGCGGAAGCCUUGCCUCCCGUAAGAGGGUCCGAGAUGACGGGAUUCCGAACCCAAACCCCUUGAACAACAACUGCUCAAUGUGCGGAAAGGUGUUCACGUCCCCCAAGGCCCUCUUCGGCCACAUGAGGUCCCACCCGGAGAGGGGCUGGAAAGGGGCCCACCCACCACCAACCUUCCGUGCCCAGGACGAGUUUUCCGAUCUCCGCCCACACUACCGCCCUCCUCCUACUCCUCCUGAGGCUGAGCAAGCCCGCAAGGAGGCCGAGGACAGUGGUGGGGGGCAGGGCUACCGGGUGCCCGACCUCAAUCACGAGUUUAAGGAGGAGGAGGAGGAGAAGGAGGAGGAGGAGGCUCCUUGA